GCUGGACAACCAGGGCUGUGGGAGCAGGUGAGGUCUGCUGGAGCACGGGGCUCUUUUGUCUAUGCAAAAAAUAAAUAUGGAAGUGUAGGUGGGAGAGCAAGGACUGUCUGUGUCAGGAGAGAUUGCACCUUUACCCUGAGGAGAGCUGGGGAGGAAGAAAAAUGUUUCCAGAGAAGAGAUGUCUGAAAAUGAGAGAAGGGAUGGGGCCACAAUUUGUGAGUUGGGGGGUACACUUUCAAGUAGAGAAGACAAAAUCCAGGUGCUUCCUGUGUUUUCUUGCUUUGGUUUAUCUAGGUUAUUUUAUAUCCUCCCUCCCAGCUUUUCCACAGAGCCUUCCCCCUGGCACCCAAUGGGGAACACUGUUGUUAAGGAAAGCGUAGGCCUGUGACAGCGAGGAGAGUGAUUAUGUCAGCAUCAGCUGGGGGCGGGGGCUCUUCACUUGCCACCCGCAUCUUCAGGGAGCCCUGAGAGUAACUAUACUCAUCACAGUCCUGGAUGGAGGGAUCCUGUGUAACUGCAGCUCUCCUGGCCUAGCCUGGUACUUUAUUCCCCAAAUCAGGCCUCUGUUCUGUUUUUAGGACUCAGUGUUCUGCUCCUUCUUUUAAAAAAGUUGUAAUUUUCAGUCCCUCUCUGGUGCUGAGUCCCUUUCCCCUCCCCCAUCAUUGUUAACAACAAAACCAUGGUUUCUAUUGAUCACCUGCCAUGUGUCAGGUUCUGUCUGUCCUAGGGUCUGGGGAAUACAGUGAAGUAGAGAGAUGAUGUCCUUGGCUUUCUCUUUUCCUCAUGGUGGAGCUCUGAAGCCCUUGCCACCAGACGUUUUUCUCUCUAGGGUCCCAGUUGGUCUUUUUUCUCAGGUAUCCCUUUUCUUUCCCUGUAACCCUGGGUUUCUAGCCCCCCACUUUUGGGGCAGCCCUAACUGUGGGUGGCUGCAUCCUGAGUAAAGAAGCACUAGUCACCAUGUAGGCUGCCUAGGCCCUAGAGACCUUUUCUCUGGCCACAGAAGCACCUACCAUUGUUUCCCUUCACACCUCCUAUUGGCUCUGGCUGCCCACUGUAUUGUUUGUAUCCUCCUCCACCUCCACCACCACCACCACACUUCCUAAUAUAAUAUCUGGAUUCUCAAUUGCCUUCCUCCUAGCUGUGUAAGGAUUUGAAGUGUCAGAGGAAGGAGUUGGGUAAAACAGUUUCAUUAUAAUGACAAGGCUGAGAAAGGGAACCCAGAAGUCAAGCCGAGUUUCUGUUUGUCCCCCUCCUCUCAGGGACCAGCCAUCUCAUCCAGUUUGAUCCUCCUCCCAGGGUCUGCAUUCGUUUUCCCCACCCCUAGCAAGGCUAAGGUGUCCGGCAAGGCUGAUCAGUUCAGUUAGUGAACGUCUCUUAAAUACCUAAUGUGGCCUGGGCAUGUUCCCGGAAGAGGGGCAGCUGACCUCCCCUUCCUUUCAGUAUUCACUGUACAAGGCGUCCCGCGCCCAUUGGCUGGUCGGUAACGUCUGGGGCCCUUCAGCUCAGUGCCAGCACCCAGAUCCACGUGCACCCGCGUGUGUGACACAGCCCUGACCUCAGUGGGGGCCAGUAGCCAAUCAGGUGCCAGGACGAGAUCCUCAGCCAAUCGGGGGCGGGGCCUGUGGCUCCGCCGGCAGGAGGCCAAUGAGGGGCAGUGCCUGGCAUUAUGCAACCCACCUCCUGGCCCCGCGGAGCUUCCAUUCGGCUGCGGGCUGCAACGGCGGCAGGCAGGCGGCUGAAGGACGCUCGCGCGGACAGGUACUGGCUGUGAUCUGUGACCGAACUUCUCAAUCCUCAGAGACUUGAGUCUCCCACUUCACUCCCUAGCCAGGCCUCCUGGCCCCUUGUGCAUCCGUGGUGGCCUCUCCAUCAUCGCUGUUUUCCACCUGCCUUCCCCAUGGCCCAGACAUGAGUAGCCCCCCAGAAGGGGCUGAUGGGGGAGGGGACCCCAGGCCAGGAGAAUCCAUUUGUCCUGGAGGGGCGCCUUCCCCUGGGCCUCCACAGCACAGGUCCUGCCCUGGCCCCAGCUUGGCUGAUGACACAGAUGCCAACAGCAAUGGCUCAAGUGGCAAUGAGUCCAACGGGCAUGAGUCCAGGGGUGCAUCUCAGCGGAGCUCACAUAGCUCCUCCUCUGGCAAUGGCAAGGACUCAGCCCUGCUGGAGACCACUGAGAGCAGCAAGAGCACAAACUCUCAGAGCCCAUCCCCACCCAGCAGUUCCGUUGCCUACAGCCUCCUGAGUGCCAGCUCAGAACAGGACAACCCAUCUACCAGUGGCUGCAGCAGCGAACAAUCAGCCCGUGCAAGAACCCAGAAGGAACUCAUGACGGCGCUGCGGGAGCUCAAGCUUCGGCUCCCGCCAGAACGCCGGGGCAAGGGCCGCUCGGGGACCCUGGCCACACUGCAGUAUGCACUGGCCUGUGUCAAGCAGGUGCAGGCCAACCAGGAGUACUACCAGCAGUGGAGCCUGGAGGAAGGUGAGCCAUGUGCCAUGGACAUGUCCACCUACACUCUGGAGGAGCUGGAGCACAUCACGUCUGAGUACACACUUCGCAACCAGGAUACCUUCUCCGUGGCUGUCUCCUUCCUGACAGGCCGAAUCGUCUACAUUUCGGAGCAGGCAGGUAUCCUGCUGCACUGCAAGCAGGACGUGUUCCGGGGUGCCCGCUUCUCAGAGCUCCUGGCUCCCCAGGAUGUGGGCGUCUUCUAUGGUUCCACGGCCCCAUCUCGUCUGCCUACCUGGGGCCUGGGGGCUUCGGCAGGUUCAGGCUUCAAGGACUUCACCCAGGAGAAGUCUGUCUUUUGCCGUAUCAGAGGAGGUCCUGACCGGGACCCAGUGCCGCGGUACCAGCCAUUUCGCCUAACCCCAUAUGUGACCAAAAUCCGGGUAUCAGAAGGGGCUCCCGCACAGCCAUGCUGCCUGCUCAUUGCAGAGCGAAUCCACUCGGGUUAUGAAGCUCCCCGGAUACCGCCCGACAAGAGGAUCUUCACUACACGGCACACACCCAGCUGCCUCUUUCAGGAUGUGGAUGAAAGGGCUGCCCCCCUGCUGGGCUACCUCCCCCAGGAUCUCCUGGGGGCCCCAGUGCUCCUGUUCCUGCAUCCUGAGGACCGACCCCUCAUGCUGGCCAUCCACAAGAAGGUCCUGCAGCUGGCUGGCCAGCCCUUUGACCACUCUCCCAUUCGUUUCUGCGCACGUAAUGGGGAAUAUGUUACCAUGGACAGCAGCUGGGCUGGCUUCGUUCACCCCUGGAGCCGCAAGGUGGCCUUUGUGUUGGGCCGCCACAAAGUCCGCACGGCACCCCUGAAUGAGGAUGUAUUCACUCCUCCAGUCCCCAGCCCUGCUCUUUCCCUGGACCCUGAUAUCCAGGAGCUAUCUGAGCAAAUCCAUCGGCUGCUGUUACAGCCUGUGCACAGCCCCAGUGCCGUGGGGCUCUGUGGAGUCGGCCCUGUGACUUCCCCAGGCCCUCUCUUCAGCCCUGGCUCGUCUAGUGACAGCAACGGGGGUGAUGCCGAGGGGCCUGGGCCUCCUGCCCCAGUGACCUUCCAGCAGAUCUGUAAGGAUGUGCAUCUGGUGAAGCACCAGGGGCAGCAGCUUUUUAUCGAGUCCCGGGCUCGGCCUCCUCUUCCCCGGCCCCGCUUCCCUGCUAUAGACACAGUCAAGGCUAAGACCCUUUACUGCCAGUCCCCAGACCCAGAGCUGGAGGCAGACCCUGCUCUAGUGCAGGCCCCACCAGCCAUGGCCCCUGAGGAGGCUGAGAGGAAAGAAGCCUCCAGUUGCUCCUACCAGCAGAUCAACUGCCUGGACAGCAUCCUCAGGUACCUGGAGAGCUGCAACAUCCCAGGCACCAUCAAGCGUAAAUGUGCCUCCUCCUCCUCCUCCUGUACCGCCUCCUCGGCCUCUGAUGAAGACAAGCAGAGGACAGGUCCAGUCCCUGUGGGGACCAAGAAAGAUCAAUCGGCAGUGCUGUCGGGGGAGGGGGCCACCCCUCGGAAGGAGCCGGUGGUGGGAGGCACCCUGACCCCGCUCACCCUGGCCAAUAAGGCGGAGAGCGUGGUGUCCGUCACCAGUCAGUGUAGCUUCAGCUCCACCAUCGUCCAUGUGGGAGACAAGAAGCCCCCGGAGUCGGACAUCGUCAUGAUGGAGGACCUGCCUGGCCUGGCUCCGUGCCCAGCCCCCAGCCCCACGGUAGUCCCUGACCCAGCCCCAGAUGCCUACCGCCCCGUGGGCCUGACCAAGGCCUUGCUGUCUCUGCACACACAGAAGGAGGAGCAGGCCUUCCUCAGCCGCUUCCGGGACCUCGGCCGGCUGCGCGGACUCAAUGGCUCCUCCAUGGCUCCCUCGGCCCCUGGAGAGCAAGGCUGCCACCAUGGCCGCACACCCCCCAGCCGCCGAUACCACUGCCGGUCUAAAGCCAAGCGCUCACGUCACCACCAGAUCCCUCGGGUGGAAGCCCCCUGCUAUGUGUCCCACCCCUCAUCUGUCCCACCCUCUGCCCCCUGGCCCCCACCACCAGCCGCUACUCCCUUCCCAGCUGUGGUACAGCCCUACACCCUCCCAAUAUUCUCCCCCCGAGGUGGUCCCCAGCCUCUUUCCCCGGCCCCCACAUCUGUGUCCCCUGCAGCUUUUCCUGCCCCUCUGGUGACCCCAGUUGUAGCCUUGGUGCUACCUAACUAUCUGUUCCCUACGCCAUCCAGCUAUCCCUAUGGGGUACCUCAGACUCCUGCCGAGGGUCCUCCUACCCCUGUGUCCCACUCCCCUUCUCCAUCCCUGCCCCCCCUAGCCCCCAGCCCUCCCCACCGCCCAGACUCUCCACUAUUCAACUCGCGGUGCAGCUCCCCACUCCAGCUAAAUCUGCUGCAGCUUGAGGAGUCCCUCCGUGUUGAGGGGGGUGCUGCUGCAGGGGGCCCUGGGAGCAAUGCUGGGCCCCUGCCUCCCAGUGAGGAGACUGCUGAGCCAGAGGCCAGACUGGUGGAGGUAACUGAGUCCUCCAAUCAGGAUGCACUUUCGGGCUCCAGUGACCUCCUGGAAUUGUUGCUGCAAGAAGACUCUCGCUCGGGCACAGGCUCUGCUGCCUCAGGCUCCUUGGGCUCUGGCUUGGGCUCUGGGUCUGGUUCAGGCUCCAAUGAGGGGGGCAGCACCUCAGCCAGCGUCACACGAAGCAGUCAGAGUAGCCACACAAGCAAGUACUUCGGCAGCAUCGACUCUUCUGAAGCUGAGGCUGGGGCUGCCCAGGCCAAGGCUGAGCCCGGGGACCAGGUCAUUAAGUACGUGCUCCAGGAUCCCAUCUGGCUGCUCAUGGCCAAUGCUGACCAGCGUGUCAUGAUGACCUACCAGGUGCCCUCCAGGGACAUGGCCUCUGUGCUGAAGCAGGACCGGGAGCGGCUCCGGGCCAUGCAAAAGCAGCAGCCUCGGUUUUCAGAGGACCAGCGGAGGGAACUGGGUGCCGUGCACUCCUGGGUCCGGAAGGGCCAGCUGCCUCGGGUCCUUGAUGUGAUGGCCUGUGUGGACUGCGCUAGUAGCACCCAAAACCUUGGCCACCCUCAAGACCCACUCUUCUCAGGACUGGAUGGAUUGGGGCUGGAGCCCAUGGAGGAGGGUGGAGGCGAAGGUGGUGGUGGCAGUUGUGAGGAUGAGGGCAGAGAUGAGGCCCAGGCCCAAGCUGGGGCUGGGGUCUCAAGCUCCCAGGACCUGGCCAUGGAGGAGGAGGAACAAGGUGAGAGCUCAUCCAGUCCAGCCUUACCUGCCACAGAAAAUGGCACCAGCUAAACUACAUCUGGAGGCCACCGCUAGGAGGACCUGAGAAGCUUCUUCCACAUCCAACUGUCAGAACUCAGACGUGGCUGGACCAACCAAUAGCAAACUGUCCCAGCUUCUCCCGCUGUGGGGGCUGGACCCCCGUCACCAUCCGCCCAGGAUCCAGGGGCUGCCUCUGGCCUCGAGGGAACAAAGGGUGGAACUCUCCAGAGAAGCCUCAGCUCCCACCCCUGUUGGGUCCUUUCUUCCCUGGACAGGGUUGCUGACAGGCUGCCGACGUGGCCUCUCCAAGUCCCAGCUGAACCCUAGUCUUGGGAACCAAGGGUGGGGGCUGCACUUAUUUAUUGGGGGAGGCAUCCUCUCCUACCUCUUCCCCAGGUGGGAGAAGGAGGGCCCCAGGCUCGAGCAGGAGCCAGUGGUCCAAACCUCUAGCUGCUCCAGGGUGGGGGAGGGUGGGGGACCAUGGGGUCCCUGGUGCUGCCCCUCAGGGUGGGGGAGGUUGGUGGACCAUGGAGUCCCUGGUGCUGCCCCUCAGGUGGGACCCAGGCGUUCUCAGCUGUACCCUCUACCUAUGACAUUUGUGUUUUUGAUAUUGUGUCUGUUACUAUUUUUAAUACAAAAAAUAAAAAUAAGACCCAGG